AUGACAACAGACACCCAGGUCCAGGAAUUUGCAAAGGCAGCCCCGCUGCAGAAAAGAAGAAAAGGCAGAUGUAAGGAGCGAUGGGGCCGCCUCACAGACGUGGCCUUCCACAUUACAAAGUCCGAGUAUGGGUGUGUGGUUCGGUGUGUUUUCUACAAAGUAAAACGCAAACCCUUCCAGAAUGUAUCCUUUGUUUUCCUUGAAAGGAAAAAUGAGGUGCCCAUUGCUAUCACGUGCUUUACCAGAGGCCUGGACAUCAGGAAAGAGAAAGCAGAUGUGCUCUGCCCCGGGGACUGCCCCCUUGAGGAAUUCUCCGUGUUUGGGAACAUAGUAUAUGCUUCUGUGUCAAGCAUAUGCGGCGCCGCUGUCCACAAGGGAGUAAUCAGCAACUCCGGGGGGCCUGUGCGAAUCUAUAGCCUACCUGGUCGAGAAAACUACUCCUCAGUAGUUGCCAAUGGCAUCCAGUCUCAAACACUUUCCAGAUGGUCUGCUUCUUUCACAGUGACGAAAGGCAAAAGUGGAACCCAGGAAGCCACAGGACAAGCCGCAUCCACAGCACAGCCACCAUCAGGUAAACGACUAAAGAAAACACCCAACAAGAAAGCUGGGAAUAAAGACUGUAAAGCAGACAUUGCAUUUCUGAUUGAUGGAAGUUUUAAUAUUGGGCAGCGCCGAUUUAAUCUACAGAAGAAUUUUGUUGGGAAAGUGGCUCUCAUGCUGGGAAUUGGAACAGAAGGACCACAUGUGGGCCUCGUUCAAGCCAGUGAACACCCCAAAAUAGAAUUUUACUUGAAAAACUUUACAUCAGCCAAAGAUGUUUUGUUUGCCAUAAAGGAAGUAGGUUUCCGAGGAGGUAAUUCCAAUACAGGAAAAGCCUUGAAGCACACCGCCCAGAAAUUCUUCACAGCAGAAACUGGUGUGAGAAAGGGGAUCCCCAAAGUGGUGGUGGUAUUUAUUGAUGGCUGGCCUUCUGAUGACAUUGAGGAAGCAGGCAUUGUGGCUAGAGAGUUUGGUGUCAAUGUAUUCAUAGUUUCUGUGGCCAAGCCCAUCCCUGAAGAAUUGGGGAUGGUUCAGGAUGUUGCAUUUAUUGAUAAGGCUGUCUGUCGGAAUAAUGGUUUCUUCUCUUACCACAUGCCCAACUGGUUUGGCACCACAAAAUAUGUAAAGCCUCUAGUGCAGAAGCUCUGCACUCACGAGCAAAUGAUGUGCAGCAAGACCUGUUAUAACUCAGUGAACAUUGCCUUUCUAAUUGACGGCUCUAGCAGCGUUGGGGAUAGUAACUUCCGUAUCAUGCUUGAAUUUGUCUCCAACAUAGCCAAGACUUUUGAAAUCUCAGACAUUGGUGCCAAGAUAGCUGCUGUACAGUUCACCUACGAUCAGCGCACAGAAUUCAGUUUCACUGACUAUAGCACCAAAGAGAAUGUCCUAGCGGUUAUCCGAAACAUCCGCUAUAUGAGUGGUGGAACAGCUACUGGUGAUGCCAUUUCUUUUACUGUUAGAAAUGUGUUUGGUCCCGUGAGGGACAGCCCCAACAAGAACUUCCUGGUAGUUGUCACAGAUGGGCAGUCCUAUGAUGAUGUUCGAGGCCCUGCUGCUGCUGCACAUGAUGCAGGUAUCACCAUCUUCUCUGUUGGUGUGGCUUGGGCACCUCUGGAUGACCUGAGAGAUAUGGCCUCUAAACCAAAGGAAUCGCACGCUUUCUUCACAAGGGAGUUCACAGGAUUAGAACCAAUUGUUUCUGAUGUCAUCAGGGGCAUUUGUAGAGAUUUCUUAGAAUCCCAGCAAUAAUGGUGAUGUUGCGACAACUGAAAGAAAAAGUGCAACAGGAUAUAAUGUAUAAGUAAUACUGAAAUACUAUAGAGCAUAUUAGGAUCAGAUACAAAACUAUUUAAGAGCCAACUGCUGUUUUAAGCAAAUAAGCAUUCACUUAAAGCUACUACUUUUAAUUACAAUUUAGACAUAAUUGUCCACUCUGCUGAGGCUUCAUAAUCAUGACCCUUAGAAACUCAGGAAAAGGGGUAUAUCAUGGAUUAAAACCUUAGGAGUUCUAUUCUAACAUGUAUAUUAAAUGUAUAGAUAUGAAAAUUCCAUAGCUCAAUAAAAGAAUCUGAUAUUUAGACCAAAAGCAACAUUCCUUUUAUCAUUCUGUAUUAAACAUAUAAGCAAAAUAAAAAAUGUAAACAGAAAAGUUAUUUCAAAUAUAAAUAUCUUGACCCAAGUAGAUGUUAUUUAGUAUUCUAAAGUUAUAAUUGCUGAUGAAAUGGAAGGACUUGGUAUCUAGCUUAUUUUGUAGUGUAUUUUCACAGCAAGUUAUUACACUGAACAGGAUAGCAGGACUACCUAGUAUUUUUCUAUUUAUCUAACCCUUAAUUUUUAUGUGUAUGAGUAUAUAUGGCUUGUACGCUAAAGUCAUCCAUGUACAAAAUGUUAAGUUGGUAAAUUUUUACCUACCAUUUACAUAUAGCUUUAAAGAAAAGCACAUAUUUCAAAUAGCAGAACUGCAGGAAAAGUAUUUUCAGUUUGACUAUAUUUAAGCAAUAAAAUUGCUAGUGACUAUUCA